AUGGGGACAGGCUACGGUCUGGACUGCUGUGUCUAUGAGGGGACAGAGGCUGCUUUCCUUCUGGAUGUUGGUACCCAAAGAACAGAGCGAGUGUGCGAGUCCCUCCCGCUCCGGCUCCUCCAAGCCGCGGCCGCCGCCGCCACCCUCGCCCGCAGCCUCCUGCAGCCACCAGUGCCCAGCCAGGGGGUGUCGGCCUGGAUGGAUGAUGUGUACCUGGGUUCUGUGCCUCCUGCCUGCGUCCAGCCGGGCGUCUGGGCGUCCCCAGCUGCUUGUGUCCUCCUGUCUGUCCGAACAGCCCCAGCCGGCAGUGGCAGCCAGUCCCCCAUUGGACCCCCUGUGUGUAGCUAUGAGUCUGCUAUUAAUACCCCUGCCAAGGACCUUGAGGGCAUCCGGGGCCCCAGCACCCCUCGGCCCAAGUUCCCACCCCUUCCUCAAGGUUCUGGAAUACCCUUCCAGCCUCUUCCAAGCACCAGGCUCAGGGAGAAGGGCUCCACCUUCCUGCAGCUGGGCUCCUCCACAGAGCAACAGCUUCAGGUCAUCUUUGAGGUGCUGGAAGAGUACGACUGGACGUCCUUUGUAGCGGUGACCACGCGUGCCCCUGGCCACCGGGCCUUCCUGUCCUACAUCGAGGUGCUGACCGACGGCAGCGGGGGCGGGGGCUCCGGGGCCCCUGGUGAGCCCCUUCUUCUGCCAGGAGGCGCCCCCCUGCCUGCCGGGCUGUUUGCAGUGCGCUCGGCUGGCUGGCGGGAUGACCUGGCCCGGCGGGUGGCAGCCGGCGUGGCCGUGGUGGCCAAAGGUGCCCAGGCCCUGCUGCGUGACUACGGUUUCCUGCCUGAGCUUGGCCAUGACUGUCGCGCCCAGAACCGCACCCACCGCGGGGAGAGUCUUCACAGGUACUUCAUGAACAUCACCUGGGAUAACCGGGAUUACUCCUUCAACGAGGAUGGUUUCCUGGUGAACCCCUCCCUGGUGGUCAUCUCCCUCACCAGAGACAGGACGUGGGAGGUGGUGGGCAGCUGGGAGCAACAGACUCUGCGCCUCAAGUACCCGCUGUGGUCUCGCUACGGCCGCUUCCUGCAGCCAGUGGAUGACACGCAGCACCUCACGGUGGCCACGCUUGAGGAGAGGCCGUUUGUCAUUGUGGAGCCCGCGGACCCCAUCAGCGGCACUUGCAUCCGAGACUCUGUCCCUUGCCGGAGCCAGCUCAACCGAACCCACAGCCCUCCACCGGAUGCCCCCCGCCCGGAAAAGCGGUGCUGCAAGGGCUUCUGCAUCGACAUUCUGAAACGGCUGGCACAGACCAUCGGUUUCAGCUACGACCUCUACCUGGUCACCAACGGCAAGCACGGGAAGAAGAUCGACGGCGUCUGGAACGGCAUGAUCGGGGAGGUGUUCUACCAGCGCGCAGACAUGGCCAUCGGCUCCCUCACCAUCAACGAGGAGCGCUCAGAGAUCGUGGACUUCUCCGUCCCCUUCGUGGAGACGGGCAUCAGCGUCAUGGUGGCGCGCAGCAAUGGCACCGUGUCGCCCUCGGCCUUCCUCGAGCCCUACAGCCCUGCCGUGUGGGUGAUGAUGUUCGUCAUGUGCCUCACUGUGGUCGCUGUCACCGUUUUCAUCUUCGAGUACCUCAGUCCUGUGGGCUACAACCGCAGCCUAGCCACCGGCAAGCGUCCUGGCGGCUCAACCUUUACCAUUGGGAAAUCCAUCUGGCUGCUGUGGGCCUUGGUGUUCAAUAACUCAGUGCCCGUGGAAAACCCCCGGGGAACCACCAGCAAAAUCAUGGUGCUGGUGUGGGCCUUCUUCGCUGUCAUCUUCCUCGCCAGCUACACAGCCAACUUGGCUGCCUUCAUGAUCCAGGAAGAGUACGUGGACACCGUGUCAGGACUCAGUGACCGCAAGUUCCAGCGGCCCCAGGAGCAGUACCCGCCCCUGAAGUUUGGAACUGUACCCAACGGGUCCACGGAGAAGAAUAUCCGCAGCAACUAUCCCGACAUGCACAGCUACAUGGUGCGCUACAACCAGCCCCGCGUAGAGGAAGCACUCACUCAGCUCAAGGCAGGGAAGCUGGAUGCCUUCAUCUACGACGCAGCAGUACUCAACUACAUGGCCCGCAAGGAUGAGGGCUGCAAGCUGGUCACCAUCGGCUCCGGCAAGGUCUUCGCCACAACCGGCUAUGGCAUCGCCCUGCACAAAGGCUCCCGCUGGAAGCGGCCCAUCGACCUGGCGCUGCUGCAGUUCCUGGGGGAUGAUGAGAUCGAGAUGCUGGAACGGCUGUGGCUCUCCGGGAUCUGCCACAAUGACAAGAUCGAGGUCAUGAGCAGCAAGCUGGACAUCGACAACAUGGCGGGCGUCUUCUACAUGCUCCUGGUGGCCAUGGGGCUCUCGCUGCUGGUGUUCGCCUGGGAGCAUCUGGUGUACUGGCGCCUGCGGCACUGCCUGGGCCCCACCCACCGCAUGGACUUCCUGCUGGCCUUCUCCAGGGUACGCGGGGUGGGGUAG